AUGGUGAUGGUCGUUCUCUCUCCGUCAUUGCAAUCAUUUCCACCGGCAGAGGCCAUUAAAUCUUCAAAUCCUGAUGGUUAUCUCCGCCUACCGAGUCAGAUUAGAGCCGUCAAUUCAAUCAGUCGAUUCUCCUUCAGGAAAGCCUCCGCAUUCCGCAAUGCCGAAGAAUGCAGUUCAAUUGACAGGAGAAUAUUAGGCAAAACAGGUGUAUGUGAUCCCUUGCUGGUCCACGUCGCGAUUACUCUCGAUUUGGAGUAUCUUCGGGGCUCAAUCGCCGCAGUGCAUUCUAUCCUUCAGCAUUCGUCGUGUCCAGACAACAUAUUCUUCCACUUCCUCGUCUCUGAGACCAAUCUCGAAACCCUAGUUCGAUCGACUUUCCCGCAGUUGAAGUUCAAGAUGUAUUUCUUCGAUCCGGAGAAAGUGCGGGGCCUCAUCUCGACUUCGGUGAGACAAGCACUGGAACAGCCGCUGAAUUACGCAAGGAAUUACUUGGCAGAUCUGCUCGAGCCCUGCGUCCGCAGGGUGAUAUACCUGGAUUCCGAUCUCGUUCUAGUCGACGAUAUUCGCAAACUGUGGACCACAACAUUGGGGAGCAAAACAAUCGGAGCGCCAGAAUACUGCCAUGCUAACUUCACGAAGUAUUUCACAUCUAAUUUCUGGUCGAACAAGCGGUUUUCUAGCACCUUCGCCGGCCGGAACCCGUGCUACUUCAACACCGGCGUGAUGGUGAUAGAUCUGGUGAAGUGGAGGAGGUUCGGGUACACGAAGCGGAUCGAGAAGUGGAUGGAGAUCCAAAAGAGCGAACGGAUCUAUGAGCUUGGUUCUCUCCCUCCGUUUUUACUGGUCUUCGCCGGACACGUGGCGCCCAUCGAGCACCGGUGGAACCAGCAUGGCCUUGGUGGAGAUAACGUCAGGGGGAGCUGCCGGGACCUCCACCCUGGUCCGGUGAGCCUCCUUCACUGGAGCGGCUCUGGCAAGCCGUGGCUCCGGCUAGACUCAAAACAACCUUGUCAGCUUGACUUUCUCUGGGCACCAUACGAUUUGUACGGGAACUCGACGUGA